UGUUUGAUCACAGCAUGUUUUGUUUUUUAAUACUCGGCAGAAAAGUAAAUGUAACGUGUUGAUAUUAGUUACACAAACAGGCCAGUGCCACUAUGUUCUUUGUUGACAGGACAGAGCUCGUUGCCUCUGCUAAAUGUGGCUCUGGUUAAUCCUUAAGGUGAGCAGUGAGCCUGUCCCGCCUGAUCAGCAGAGAGGUCCUGGGACAUCCUGAGCACAGACCUGGACAACGACAAUAUGAAGACAUUUUCUCUUGCAUCCACACACCCUCAACCGUGCUAUGUUGCUGCCAGUGUUUUGGCAUCCUUACUAAACUCCCUGUGGUGACAUCGAGACCUCCUCUUGAGUGUGGACCAUGAGUGCAGACACAGACCCGGGCUGUGAGGCAGAUAUGGACCCAGAGAAUCCUGCAGAGCUAGAGGACCUGGUGGCAGCCAUGAACAUCACAGCCAACCGCCUAACCCCCCCAAACGGCUACAGGACGCACCGCCCCCCCGUCACCAAAUCUUACAGGAAGAUGUCCCUGCAGGAGCGUCGCAUCGCCCGCCAGCCCACCAUCGAGACCAAACGGGUGUCCAUCACAGAUGGGGAGGACUUUGUCCAGCUCAACCAAUACAAACUGCAAAAAGAAAUUGGAAAGGGUUCAUAUGGAGUUGUGAAACUGGCAUAUAAUGAAGAUUCAGAAGAGUAUUAUGCCAUGAAAGUUGUUUCUAAGAAGAGACUCAUGAAGCAGUGUGGAUUUAUCCGUCGUUGGCCAUCCCAAGGCUCACAGCAGGAUCCAUAUCCUAAAGCUGUGUUGCCACUGGACAAAGUCUACAAGGAGAUUGCCAUCCUGAAGAAACUGAACCAUCACAAUGUGGUAAAGUUAGUGGAGGUGCUUGAUGAUCCUACUGAGGAUGGACUUCACAUGGGCCUGUGAUGGAGGUGCCUACAGACAACCCCCUCACAGAAGAGCAGGCUCGCUUUUACUUCAGGGAUGUGGUCUUGGGAAUAGAAUAUU